CCCCCCUGCUGCGCCGCGGAGACUUUUGCUGGGCGAGCGACUUUAGCGGCUAUGGAGAACGGAGCGGUGUACAGUCCCACGACCGAGGCGGCCCCGGGCGCGGGCCGGGGUGCGCGCAGCGGCCUGGCCGCCUACUUCUUCCUGGGCCGGCUCCCGUGGUCUCGGCGCAUUCUCAAAGGCUUGCAGCUGCUGCUGUCUUUGCUGGCCUUUAUCUGUGAAGAGGUUGUGUCCGAGUGCACGUUGUGUGGAGGCUUGUACUUCUUUGAGUUUGUGAGCUGCAGCGCCUUUCUCCUGAGCCUCGUCCUGCUGAUCGUGUACUGCACACCAGUGCAUGACAGAGUGGAUGCUGGGAAAGUCAAGUUGUCGGAUUUCUAUAUCACCCUGGGAACAGGGUGUGUGUUUCUCUUGGCAUCUAUCAUUUUUGUUUCUACCCACGCUGGGACCUCAGCUGAAAUUGCUGCGAUCGUGUUUGGGUUUAUGGCGAGUCUGGUGUUCUUAAUUGACUUUGUCGUCAUGCUGCAUGAGAGACGGCAGGAGAGCCAGCUGAGAAAACCUGAGAACAACGCCAGGGCUGAAGCCCUCACUGAGCCGCUGAAUGCUUAAAGCUGGAGCAGGUGCUGCGGACCAGAAGAGAGCGUCUUCCAUGUGACUAGUGUUAUGUGUGCUCCUCUUUUGGAGAGAAAGGAAGGACAGGAGGGCAGCUUCUCAGUGCUGGACUGAGUGGCAGCCCCUCCAGUUAGCUCAGAGGGUUUUUAAUAACGGUUGGAACUCGUUUCAAAUGGAGGAGGUUUGUUAUUUGUUUAUUUUUAAAGACAGGACUGUUGUCUUUGAAUUGCAUGUCUGUCAUUUGCUACAGGUCAGCCCUCACCAGGCCUGGCUUCCAGACCGUGUGUUCUCCGUCCUUUCAGAAACUCUUGCAUUUUAAAAUCAUUCGCUUUGCUGUUAGUUUUUGGUAGUUAAGUUCUGUUCUGAUGUUGGAGAUUUAAUUUGUAUUUAAGUUGUUGGUGUGGGCGUCUUUCCUUAAUAUAUGAUCCUUGUAUUUACUGUAUCUUGUUCAACCGUACAUUAUGUGCUAACCUUUCAAGGCAGUUAUUCUGAAUUCUUUCUGAUCCAUGCAUUGCCUAACAGAAAACGCGCGGGCUGCUGGUGUUUUAUGUGUACAAAAGCAACAGUGUCAAAGCCUUGUGCUUUUUAGAUUGCACUCUGGUUGUUGAAAUUAAGUUUAAAAGAAAAAAAAAGAUUGUUAUGGAAUGCAGAAAAACUGAAGAAAUUGAUACUACAUCUAGAGACCAAAGAUAGAGUAGACUCUUUGUCCUGUACAGUGGAUGUAACUGUACAGACAGGCUGGACCACUGGGGAGAGAUGUGAAGGGUCAUGCUGUGCACACACGGAAACAGUUGACGAUGCCUGCUGUGCGCACACGGAAACAGUUGACGAUGCCUGCUGUGUGCACACGGAAACAAACAGUUGAUGGUGUCUGUGCUGUGCACACACGGAAACAGUUGACGAUGCCUGCUGUGCACACACGGAAACAGUUGACGAUGCCUGCUGUGUGCACACGGAAACAAACAGUUGAUGGUGUCUGUGCUGUGUGCACACGGAAACAAACAGUUGAUGGUGUCUGUGCUGUGUGCACACGGAAACAAACAGUUGAUGGUGUCUGUGCUGUGUGCACACGGAAACAAACAGUUGAUGGUGUCUGUGCUG